AUGAACACGGCAGCCUCAUGGCGAGCGUCCGCUAGUGCAACGACGACUACAACUGCAACAACAGCAUACACUCCGGUCCAGGCGCGUCGGACUCUGGCUCGAAACUCAUCUUCUCAAGCAGCUCCGUCGUCUACUACGGCUGGCACUGCUGCUGCCGCUGCCGGGACUCCGACAGAGAUGCGGAAACGGGUAGAGUGGCCGCCUGCGGUGCGAGACUACGUCCAGCGAAGCUUCGUCCCCGAACAGCAGAUACCCGGCAUCACUCGAGCGGACAUGGAGGCCAAACUGAAGCAGGUCAUCACCGGAGCCGCCGAAACUAACCACCUGGGAGCCAUCGACUGGGCCAGCCUCCCCUUGCCCCAGCAGAUGAUCCAGAACGAACGCAACACCGCUCUCCUCUCCAUCAGCAAGACCUCACCCAAGAGAAAGUCCACCGACAUCAGCACAGAGUAUGCUACAACGGCGGCAACAAACCGAACAUAUGAAGAAACCCCACCAUGGAGAUCGAACGGAGCGAAUGGAUCAGAGGACAAAAGAAGACGACUGGAGAACGAUAGCAAGAUAUCAAGCAGUAAGUUUAACCAUAAUCUGGAGAGCAGGAAACGACGGUUUGAGAGCACGUCUUCCCCCACCAAGGUCAAGUCCCCCUCAGCGUACAACGUCACCCCCCAUCACGACCCGUCAGAAGGGCCGAUAGUCGGCCGCAGCACGGCGCUGGAGAAGCGGUACCUGCGACUGACGGCAGCACCCAACCCGGACAACGUGCGGCCGCUGCCGGUGCUGCGUAAGAGCCUGGACUUGCUGAAGAAGCGGUGGAAGCAGGAGAACAACUACGGCUACAUCUGCGACCAGUUCAAGUCGAUGCGGCAGGACCUGACCGUGCAGCACAUCAAGAACGACUUUACGGUGCUGGUGUACGAGAUCCACGCACGCAUCGCACUCGAGAAGGGGGACCUCGGUGAGUAUAACCAGUGCCAGACGCAGCUGCAGGGCCUCUACGCGCUCAACCUGGGCGGCCAUCCGAUGGAGUUUAAAGCGUAUCGUAUUCUCUAUUUCAUCUACACCCGCAACCAGACAGCCAUCAACAGCGCCCUGUCAGAUCUAACCCCCGCAGAAAAAGCUGACCCGGCCGUCAGCCACGCACUGGCGGUGCGCUCUGCCCUCGCCCUCGGAAACUACCAUCGCUUCUUCCAGCUCUACCUCGACACCCCGAACAUGGGCGCCUAUCUCAUGGACAUGUUCGUCGACCGCGAGCGUCUCUCCGCCCUCGCCUGCAUCUGUAAAGCAUAUAAACCUGAGGUGAAUAUAAGAUUUAUUACGGAGGAGCUGGGCUUCGAGUCGGACGAGCAGAGCGCACGCUUCGUGCUGGACCAUGUCCCCGAGCAUCUGCUGCAGGAAAAGGCAGACGGCGUGAAGCUACUGACGGGCAAGUGUGGUGCCGCCUUUGAGCAGGCCAAGCUCGCUGCCCACAGAGUCAUCGACAUCAAGGGGCAGAUAUAG